AUGGACAUCAAGUACAUAUUAAAAUCAAAUAACAGUGGCCAGUGGUGCAAUGGAGCAGCCAGGGACCGCUUACACCUGAGACAGACUGCAGAACAGCACAUCAGAGGUGGAAAUCCAGGUCAAACACAGACGGACAGAAGGACAGCCUCACUGAACUAUGAAGAGUGUCAGUUGUACCCGAGGUAGUAGCAUUUGCAAAUACAUGUGGAGAAUUUUCAGGUGGAACUGGGACAGGCAUGCUUAGCUGAGACACCAAGAGGUGGUUAA